CUAAGUUUUCAUGAUAGCUUAAGGAAUCACUCGAUCCCUCUUUGGCUAAACUUUUUAGCUUAUUUAGCUAGUUUAUUUGAUAUGGGAAUGCCACAUUUGAUGGUUUUUGGGGUACUGGUAUCUGCCCUAGGAGCCUCCAUGUCUUGGGGUGUUCCCUUGGAUGUCAAUUUCCAAGCUAAGGUCCGAAGGGAAUGCAGCUUCACUCGAUAUCCUAGCCUGUGUCAAAAUACCCUGAUGGAGUUAAGGGAUCAUCCUGUUCAUAUUAUGUCUGCUCUCGUUAACAAGACAAUUUCGGAGACCAAGCUGCCUAGCUCCUACUUCCAAACACUUGGCUCCCAAUUGGAAAUCCAAGAUGCUCAACUUGCCAAAUCCAUCACAGAUUAUUGUGAAAAUCUCAUGAAGAUGUCUCUCAAACGGCUAGACAAGUCGCUGUUGGCACUGAGAGAAUCUCCAAAAAAAAAAAAGAACGACAUCCAAACCUGGCUAAGUGCAGCCUUGACCUUCCAACAAGCCUGCAAAGAUUCUGCCGACAGUCUUGUUGAUAUCAACUCCCAAAUUUCAAGUAAAAUGGAUUAUCUUUCUCAAUUGGCCAGCAACCCUUUAGCUCUCGUUAACAGGAUUGCUGGUAAUGGUGUUAAGCUUGAAAAUAACACUAGAAGUCGACAUCUAGGCGAGGAAGUAGAAGAUUUUCCCAAGUGGGUAUCAGCGAGAGAUCGAAAACUUCUUCAAACUAGCACCAUCAAGGCGAAUGCAGUGGUUGCAAAAGACGGAACAGGCAACUAUAAAACAAUAUCAGAAGCAAUCAAAGCAGCUAGUGGAGGUCGGUUUGUGAUUUAUGUGAAGUCAGGAGUUUACAAAGAGAAAAUUCGCACCACUAAAGAUGGUAUUACUUUGAUAGGAGAUGGUAAAUACUCCACCAUUAUUGCUGGUGAUGACAGUGUAGCUGGAGGUUCUUCCAUGCCUGACUCUGCCACUUUCACAAUUACAGGCGAUGGAUUCAUAGCUCGUGACAUUGGAUUUCAGAACACAGCAGGACCUCAAGGAGAACAAGCAUUGGCUCUAUACAUUGCCUCAGAUCAUUCAGUUCUAUACAGAUGCAGCAUCUCAGGCUACCAAGACACCUUAUAUGCACUUGCGCUCCGCCAAUUCUACAGAGAAUGCGACAUUUAUGGCACCAUAGACUUCAUUUUUGGCAACGCAGCUGCUGUUUUCCAGAAUUGCUACUUGGUGCUUCGCCGGCCUCAGAGAGGAGCCUACAAUGUAAUUCUAGCCAAUGGAAGGACGGACCCUGGACAGAACACCGGCUUUGCUCUACAUAAUUGUAAAAUCACUGGGAGCUCAGAUUUUUCUCCGGUUAAGCACAGCUUCAACUCGUAUCUGGGAAGGCCGUGGAAGCAGUAUUCGAGAUCAGUCAUAAUGCAAUCGAAUAUAGAUGAUGCUAUUUCAUCGAGGGGUUGGAUCGAGUGGCCUGGUGCAGGGUCCUACGGGAAAACGCUCUACUAUGCAGAGUACUCGAAUACAGGCCCUGGAGCUGGAACCUCCAAUAGGGUAAACUGGCCUGGAUUUCGAGUUAUCGGAACUCAAGAGGCUGUCAAGUUUACUGUUGGUAAUUUUAUCGCUGGAACAUCUUGGCUGCCUUCUACUGGAGUAACUUUUGUCUCUGGUCUCCAGUGAUAAUAUACACAUAUGCAUUAGAUUCGAAAGACGUACAGAUUAUAUACAUUUAGUCUGCUAUAUUGCAAUGAGCUCAAAGAAGGGUAGACCUAUUUUUGCUCAAGCUUGAACAUCUAUAGUCUCUGAAAUAUUCUGAAUUCUAUAAAGAAUAAUCAAGGUUAUAAAAAGCCAAAAUCUAGUUAAAUUGGCCACUGUAAUUUCAAGAAUGCAAGUUCUUCUUAUGCAUACGUGGCUAUGUUAUGUACAAUAUCUAGUUAUUCACAUCUGGCACAAAUUUUCCCAAAAUGGGAUAAUAAAAGUUCGAAGUGAUGCAUAGUGGCAUUUUCUA